UUGGUUGCGCGGGUGGCCCUGGCCGGCCGGGCUGUCCCUGCGUCCCGACAGGGUGCACCGGCGAAGCAAGCUUUGCUCGCCUGCCUCAGCCUACAAGUUGCAAACUUGCAAUUGCAACCUCCUCCGGUCCCCAGGCAGACCGUGCGUUGAGUUCGUACAGCCUAGCAGCAGCCAGGUUGCAGCAGGGGCAGCGAAUUUGACACGUCACGGAUAUAAACUCUUUUCUACGCUCUCCCUCUCCGGAAUACUUUCUCGUUUCAAAUUAUAUAUCGUUUUAAUUUUUCUAGACUCUCCUGAUAAGAUUUGAUAUUUGGAACCAGGAGCAGACUCAAGAUCUAAAAGGACGCUCCGUACUUGCAGCAUCGCCAGCCAGCCGCCCUCGCCAUUUCCGUCGGCUCCUACCUCCUCGUCCCGGCACGGUGAAAAGGACGCGCGGAGCUCACUACUGUUCACCCCACAAGGAGCCCCGGCAGGGUGCCACGCGGGCCCCACCCCAGGCGAGCGCCACCAACAAACUAGUAUACUAGUCCACCUUGCUGCGCCAUCCUCCUCCGUCGGCAGUCCGUCUCCAGUUGGUCAGCCCGCGGCUCCAGCUCCGUCCGCCUCCUCGGCGUCCCCGCCGGCGCCCGGCCUCCGCUCCCUUCCCCCGGCGGCCCGCCUCCGCCUCCGGCACCAGCGGUGAGCAGAGGAGGGGUUCUUGUCAGGGGCCGCCGGCAGCCGGCCAUGGAGAAGAGGAAGCGGGUCCUGGAGCUGCGGGACCGGCUGGACCGGACGCUGGCGCUGCCGGACCUCGCGGAGGAGAGCUCGCUCAGGGCGCUGGUGAAGAAGCAGAUCCUGGCGUCGUCCCCUGCCGGCUCCAACGAAGGCGAUAUCGACCUUAUUGCUGAAACACAGGCCAAAGAAGUCUUGGAGUUUCUUGAAAUGCUGGAUACUUCGAGAGACAGACGAUCUUCAAAGGUUCAUGGGGCGCCACAGAAGGAGUGGAAGGUGAAGCAAGAUACAGACCAAUUAAGAGUCAUGUACCGUGAGGGACCAGAGGGGACCCCAUUUCACACCCUUCUUGCUGAAGGCUUUGCUGAUGGACCUAUUGACGUUUGUACGUGUGUGUCAUGGGAAUCGGCUCUAUACAAAAAAUGGUUUCCACAAUACAACCUGCCAACUUUUAGAAUUGAUCAGUCAGGCUGCUUGAAAAAGGUUCGGAUUGGUGAAGAAAUUUGUUUGGUCAGGGUGAAGGUUCCAUGGCCGGUUUCUGAAAGAGAGGCUCUUCUACACUACUUCGAACUGGAGUAUCUUAAAGAAGAUGUUGUCAUUGUAAUCAUGAAAACUAUAUCAGAUUUGGAUACUAUAAAUAUGCGGACACAUGGAUUUAGCAGGGAUGGAAUUCCUGAAGCUGGUGACACUGUUCGGAUAGAUGUAUUUGGAGGCUUUGUUUUGCAAAGGAUUACAAAAGACAAAAGCUUUUUCAGGGCAAUAGCUAAUAUGGACAUUAAGCUAGACUUUGUUCCACCAUGGUUGAUCAACUUCAUGUCAAGGCAGCUAAUUGGCAGUGGGCAUAAGCUCUAUCAGAAGGCAGUCAGUACUGUGGCUACUUGUGACGAGGACUACAAGAAAGCUUUGAGAGGACCACUCUAUGUUAGGAUCCGCGAAUACCAGGAUUCUGAUGACAAGGCAAAGGUGACCACAACAGAGGAAAAUUCUACCGAGGUGCCCCCUGAUAACCCCAUUGUACAGAAUCAUUUGACAGUAACAAAUACCACAUCGAAUAGCGAGAUUGUCGAGGAGGAGAGCGAACAGAACACGUCCUUCAAGGUGGAUAGACUUCCAAGUAGCCCUCCUUACCAACCAGCUGAGCAAGCACAGCAGAUCAAAAAUAGACCUUUUAUCAGUCCUGAGGUAGAGCAUGCAUUGGGCAUAUUGGACAGUGCUAUUGCAGUUCUCAGAGGCGAUAAGACAACAAACAUCACCACGCUACAAAAUUUGCUCAGUUACAAUGCAACUUUGGAAGAGAGUACUGUCGGUUCGAGAAGUUCACAAGCUAACAUUCGUGAUGCAGACAGUCUUCUGAACGGAGGUACUGCUACCACACAACCACAGAAUUCCAGAGAGAUCCAGCAAGCGUAUUCAUUGCCCAGUGACAAAAUUAGCAAUAGGGCAGAAGAUGCCGUCGACAAAGAUUUUCUGAAGAAUCCAACAGCUUCUACAGUAACAAAGACAAUGUCAAUGACACUGAGAAGUGCAAUAAGGGUGCAUGGCGAAGAGAGCCUGGACACAAAUGGCUUCCAUCAGAACGGUUUCAGCAAUAACAAAGAGCCAAAGCGAGUGAGGAAGACCAAGAGGUGGCCCUGCUGUUUAACCCCUACCACCAUAGGAUGAUGAAAACCCAUCUUAGGAGCCCUUUCAAGCUAAAUUCUUGAUUUCUGGGUGUACAACAGAAAGUAGUAAAUUAUAGAAAUAUGGUUCACCCAUUACACGAUAUGGGUUUCAAGUAGCGACCCAGGAGGCAGCUUGAGGCUGUCAUAGCGAGUAGAUAUCAUCUUUGAUAAAUGUAAAGUAGAAUUGUUGUAACUAUAUGUAAUUGUUUCCACGAGGGCUCUAUUUGGGGUUAUAGACAUUAUUUACACACAGGAUAGCUGUCAAUAAGAGGAGUUGCAGUGGAAUUUAGUGAA